AUGUCGUCGGCGAAAAGCUCGUCAUGUUUAGUAUUAUUGUUGGUGUUGAUAUAUUAUCUUGCUGCGUUAAUAUCUUUCUCUCACAGUUUGCCUCUAUCAACAAACAAGAGAUGGAUCGUGGACGAAGAAACAGGGAAACGUGUGAAACUAGUUUGUGCUCACUGGGUUGGUCAUCUCUCUCCAAUGCUGGUCGAGGGUUUGGACAAAUCGCCAUUGAAUGAGAUUGUUUCUCAGUUUCAUGAUAAAGGCUUCAAUUGUGUUCGUCUCUCUUACUCAACCUACUUGUUCACUCGUUAUGCCAAUCAAUCUGCUGCAGAAACCCUAGCUGGUUUGGAUUUACCAGAGGCCAAUGUUAAAGCUGCCAUAGCCAAACACAAUCCUUGGGUCUUGAACAUGACUCAUCUUGAGGCUUAUGAAGCUGUGGUUGAUGCUCUGGAUAAAAAUGGCGUCAUGAUAAUCAUCGAUAAUCAUGUUAUUAUGCCAAAUUGGUGCUGUGAUAGAGAUGAUGGUAAUGGAUUCUUUGGAGAUCGACACUUUGAUCCUCAUGAAUGGCUUCGAGGGUUAGAUUUUGUGGCCACUCACUUCAAGGCAAAACCACAUGUGAUAGCUGUGGACUUGAGAAACGAGCUGAGAGGUGCAAGACAAAACAAGCAUGAUUGGUACGAGUACAUGGGAAAAGGGGCAAGAACAAUUCACGAAGCAAACCCAAAAGUAUUAGUUAUAAUUUCAGGUUUAAACUUUGACAGUGAUUUCACUUUCUUGAAGAACAAGAGCCUUGACUUGGAACAAGAUUUGGUACGGAACAAACUUGUGUACGAGGUACAUUUGUACUCAUUCACAGGACCAGCACAACAAAGGUGGACGAUUCAGCCAUUGAACAGAAUCUGUGCUGAUACCAUUGAAUCAGUGAAGGACCAGUCUGCGUUUCUGAUGAGUGGCGAGAACGCAGCACCGUUGUUUGUGAGUGAAUUUGGGUACGACAUGAGAGGGUUGACUCCGUUGGACAACAACUUCGUACCGUGCUUCACGGCGUACGCUGCGGCGGCGGACUUGGAUUGGAGCUUGUGGGCUUUUGGAGGAAGCUACUAUGAAAGACAAGGGCAGAUUGGACUUGAAGAGGCUUAUGCUGUGUUGGAUGGCACUUGGAAAAACUACAGGGACCCAAAUUUUACUGAGAAAUUUCAGCUUCUUCAAAGACUCGUUCAAGGUGUAUAUACAUCUCUCUCUCUCUCACACACACACGCACGCACACAUUUACCUGCUGAAAUCAAACUCUUUGGUACUACAAACUCCAAAUUCUCCAAACCCUUUGAACUUGCGCAAUUAACCCUGUCGAUGAGAUUAAGUACUUUAAUAUUUGUUCACCUUGAAGGAUUUUAUACUAAAUUUGUGCAAUUACUAAAUUUGAAGUAG